UGUAUUAAGAUUUGAAGUCCGGUCUCUGAAAAUUUUCGGUGAAACACGAGGGAGUCUUGCGGGAAGGUUUUCUGAGUGGCUCUCAAAGCUCUCGUCCAGUGCGGCGGUUCCCAGGGUAAGAAAGCUGAGGUGGCGAAGUUUAACAGUCCGUUCAAACGUCGUCGUGGAUGGGCCAGUCAGCUUCGACGGCCGCCGUCCCGAGCAGCCGUGAAAGCAGUCACAACCAUCGAUUGAAGGCCAAAUCAACGGCCCUGAUCUCCCCGAUGCAAGGCGACGAAACAGAUGCGCCGCAGGUAAGCACCACCAACGGUGUCUCCGACUACAUCUCCGAUCUUCCCGACGAGUGCUUGGCUUUCGUUUUUCAGUCCCUGAGCUCCGGCGACCGGAAGCGAUGCUCGCUAGUAUGCCGGCGAUGGCUGAAGGUCGAGGGACAGAGCCGUCACCGUCUUUCUCUCAACGCCCAAUCGGAUCUUUUCCCCAUGAUCCCUUCCCUCUUCUCCCGAUUCGACGCGGUUAGGAAGCUCGCGCUGAAGUGCGACCGUAGAUCCGUGAGCAUCGGUGACGACGCGCUCGUCCUCAUCUCUCUCCGGUGCCAGAACCUCACGCGCCUCAAGCUCCGCGCCUGCCGCGAACUGACGGACGCCGGUAUGGCGGCCUUCGCGAAGAACUGCAAGGGUUUGAAGAAGCUCUCUUGCGGAUCCUGCACUUUUGGAGCCAAAGGCAUGAACGCGGUGUUGGAUAAUUGCUCGUCUCUCGAGGAGUUAUCAGUGAAGAGGCUGCGCGGAAUAACCGAUGUGGCCGCGGUGGAACCGAUUGGGCCCGGCGUGGCGGCCGCCUCUCUGAAAACGAUUUGCUUGAAGGAGCUCUACAAUGGACAGUGCUUCGGACCCCUAAUUAUCGGCGCAAAUAAAUUGAGGACAUUGAAGCUUUUCCGGUGCUCGGGCGAUUGGGAUAAGCUUCUUCAAAUGAUAGCCGACCGAGUCACGGGAAUGGUCGAGAUUCAUCUGGAGAGGCUUCAAGUGAGCGACCUCGGCCUCGCUGCGAUCUCAAAUUCAUUGGAUCUGGAAAUUCUGCAUCUUGUCAAGACCCCAGAGUGCACCAAUCUAGGGCUUGUAUCGGUCGCGGAACGCUGUAAGCUCUUGAGGAAGCUUCACAUUGACGGGUGGAAGGCUAAUCGCAUCGGCGACGAAGGAUUGGUUGCGAUUGCCAAGUCUUGCCCUAAUCUUCAGGAACUGGUUCUGAUCGGCGUCAAUCCUACAAAAGUAAGUCUUGAAAUGCUAGCCUCGAAUUGCCUUAAUUUAGAGAGGUUGGCAUUGUGCGGAAGCGAUACCGUUGGCGAUGCCGAGAUUUCGUGCAUUGCGGGGAAAUGCAUAGCAUUGAAGAAGCUCUGCAUCAAGAGCUGCCCGGUCUCCGAUAAUGGGCUAGAAGCUCUGGCGAGUGGGUGUCCCAAUUUGGUGAAAGUGAAGGUCAAGAAGUGCCGAGGAGUAACCCCCGAUGGCGCGGAUUGGUUGAGAGCGAGCAGGCCUUUAUUGGCUGUGAAUUUGGAUACUGGUGAACCUGAACAUCAAGAUGCAAGCGCCAGCGACGGUGGGGCACAAGAAAACGGAGCCGAACCUCGUGCCCCGGAAGCAGUGCCGGCACAAGUACCGGCUGUGAAUAUUGGGACGAGUAGUACAGGACGAUCAAUGUCGUUCAAGUCAAGGUUAGGGCUUUUGUCUGGAAGGAGUAUAGUUGCCUGCACCUUGAGAAGGUGGUCGGGAGGUAAUAGCAGCAGCACUUCUCGUGGGUAAUUUGUUGAACUCAAAACAGCAGUUGCAAAACAAAAAGGAAGAGAAUCCAAAAAAAAUCCUAGUCUUGGUCAUUGUUUAUGUGAUGUAUUGUUUUGAUUCUGACUUUUUGUGUACUUAAAAUUUGAUGCCGUGUGCUGUUUAUUGCCUUUUGAAUUGAAUCUUCAAGUUGAAAGAGAUGACACCUUCUUUCACAAA